CAACAAAAGAACAAUAAUUAGAUUUUUGUACAAAAUGCUCGCUAAACAGCAACCCAAAGCGGUAACUAGUGACGCUGAUAGCGACUCCGACGAUGAUGACGCACAAAUGCGUCAAUUCAUUGAAGCCGCUGAUCACACACUGCUCACAAAUGCCAUGUUCCAGCGGGGGGCAGCAGCAACAGACUCAAAACCGGCGGCGGCAACCGUAGUCCAGGCGCCGCCUCCGCCUAAAAGCGAACGCCACUUGGACGAGCAGGGUGCUGCUGCUGGUGCUGGUGCAGCCAGCGAUCUACGUAUCACCGAAGAAAUGCAAACCCACAUAUGGGGAAAACUUAGCUCAAUUAUCCAAGAUCAAAUCGAGUUCUGUGAGCAGAUACCCGCCGAUGAUAUACCGAAAGAGGAGCCCUGCCAAGACCAGGUGCGCCUCGUGUCCAAUGCCGACUGCUACUUGAGCGCCGAGAUAGUGGAUACAGGACCCCCUGGACCACAGAAGAAGCCCACCAUCAAGAGACGCACUCUCAACGAGGACCGCUCACCCGCCGCAAAGGCAUUGGCUCUGGCCGAUGUGGCCAUUAGCGGCGAGUCUAUUAUAGAGGGAAAGGACAUGCUUUCGUGGGCCAAGUGCAAGCCACGACAGGGAAAACUCUUCGAGUACAAAGCGACUGAUCAGCAGGGCCACAAGCUGCAGGCCCUCCAUCCAGUCAACGAAUUCACGGAGCGCCGGCUCCAGAACAAGUGGAACGAAUCAAAGAUACGCCGGAAAAAGAAGAAAUAAAAGCGCUGAUAGUAGAUAAAUG